AUGCCUGUCAUUUCAUCGAAACCAUACAUCGCUGGAGACGUUGUCUUCAAAUGCAAACCACUAUUGAGUUUAGGCAUUGAUUGUGAUGUUAAAGACCUGUUUCGAUGGUAUGGCUUCAUGUGUCAGAACAACUAUAGCCUAAGACAUAACGGCGAUAAUGAAAAUGAUUUUGACAUUUGUAUUGGUUCUGCAAUAUAUGUGGAACCGAUGCCAAUCAGCCAAUCCUGUCUCCCAAACGCCGCUUAUUUGCAAAAAGAUGGAUUGAUGGAAAUCCGUGCCAUGAAAUCGAUAGCCAUCGGCGAAGAGAUAACCAUUUCAUCGAUUCCAUUGCAUAUGAAUGGUGUCGAAAGACAACGGAUCCUGAAUUGCGCUUUAAUUGUCUGUCAUUGCGAUAAAUGUAGACUACAUUUGGAUAAAGACAUGGAUUAUCAAGAAGUUUGGGAACUCAUUCGCAAACAUGAGAUACAGUGGAAGACUUAUAAGGCUUUGAAUUUUGUUCACAUGAACUUCAACUACGAAAUGGACUCUAAUUUUAUGGCAUAUUUGGAGGCAAUUUAUGGUGAGUUUCAUCCGUCGGUCACAUUCUUCCUCUUGUGUUCGUUCAUAUGUUUCGCAAACAAUUCAUCCAAUCAUUCAUUGAUAAAACUUUGGUUCAAACGUAUUGAACGGCACGUAUUGGUCACCCAUGGAUCAGACCAUCCCUGACUACAUUUGGAUAAAGAUAUCGAUUAUCAACACUUCGAUCGACUUCUGGAUAAAGAGACCAUACAUUGGAACUCUUUUAAAUCCGGAUCUCUUCGUCACCUGAACUUCACGUACGAAAUGGACUCCAAUUUCGAGUUAUAUUUGGAGACAAUUUACGGAGGCUUUCAUCCAAUUGUCUCUGAAUUCCUGUUGAAGUCAUUUAUAUGUUUCGCAAAUUCAAUGAAAACAAGUCCUUCAUUACUGAAUGUGUGGUUCAAUCGUAUUGAACGGCACGUAUUGGUCACCCAUGGAUCAGACCAUCCCUGGUAUGCAAUGCUUUGCGCUACUUACAUGUCCGCACAGAUCGCUGUCAACACAUCCAAAGGCUUGAGUGCCGGCGAUGUUAUCAUUCAAACCAAACCAAUGGUUCACAUCAUAUGCAAUGAAUUCAAAGGUCUGUUUUGCGACAAUUGUCUCAAACGUGAGGAUCAACUGAAACGAUGUCAGAAAUGUCAUCAAAUGUAUUACUGCGGCAAAGAGUGUCAGACCAAUGACUGGAAGUACCACAAAAAUGAGUGCAAAGCCUUCAGACACAACGACUUCCAUAGGGAUCUGUUCUCAUCCGAAGAGAUCCUUUUGCUUCGUCUCUAUGUUAGCCUCAAGUCUGACGAGUCGUUCGCUACCAAAAGAUAUUCAUUGAUGGAUGGAUCAGAUGUUUGUCUCAAAGAAAUCAUCGUUCAAAAGGAUGUAUUAAAUAACAUGUAUUCCGAUUGCGAGCGAAUGCUUGAGUUUAACAGAGUUUGCAUGUAUUUCAAUGCAUUUGGGAUCAAAUUGGGUGACACUCAACAACGACAAGAGCUGUUGAAUUGGUUCGCAUUCUUGUCCAGCAGUCCAUCACAUGUGGGACUCAAAUGGUAUUCAAGAGAUAUGAAAGACUAUCAGUACUUCUCUGAUAAGGUUUGUCGAGCGGUCUCUCUGGAGAUGUCAUCUCUUAACCACUCAUGUCUUCCCAAUUCAGCGAUCGUUACAAAUGGACUUUCGGUUCAAUUGCGAGCCCUUAAGGAGAUCCCAAUCGGCGAAGAAAUCACUGUUAGUUUCAUACGUUUGGAUCAAUCAAAGAGUGACAGAAGAGAGGCUCUGAAGAAUGAUUUCUAUGUGUUUGACUGCAAAUGCUUGAAAUGUGAGCUCAAUCUGGACUCAGGAGUCGAUUACAAGGCUUUCGAUGAGUUGAUCGCCGAAGAGAUUUUCAGCUUCAUUGACAAGAGAAGAAUUGAUCCAAACUCGUGGUCAGAAUACGACUCUCUCAGUUCAAAACUGAUUCCCUAUUAUGAGGCAAUUUAUGGCGAUUAUCACCCCUUCUUAACGGCAACUCUUAUGCAACAAUCGAUGACUUCUCGUAUGUCAGCUAUGAUUGCGUCGGAACCGGCCUUCAAGUGGAAGCCAAUGCUUUUGGAUUACUAUAAGACAGUGGAUCAGCACUUGAGGAUCACUCAUGGCGUCGAUCACCCGUUGUUUGACAUUUUUUAUAAAGUUUUUGUCAAAAUAUAG